AUCCGACAGCAGCAAACGUCGUCGACCAAGCAUCGCAACUUGUCUCCGCGUACACCGACGUGAUGAACAGCACGAGCGACGAUUACCUCCGCGAGGUCGCGCAGGCGCUGCGGCGUGGCGUCGAGAUCAAGAACCGGCGCGUGAACCUACGCACGUACGACCUCUGCUUCGUCGGGUCCGAGGCCGUGACGUGGCUCGUUGAGCAUGGGUACGCGCCAUCGCGCGAGGCCGCCGUCGAGCUCGGCCGCAACCUCGUCUGCGGCGGCCUCAUGAACCACGUGGCGGAUAGCGAGCAUUUCCAGGACAAGACGCUCUUUUACCGCUUCUUUGAAGACGAGGUCGGCGGGCCGCGCGAGCCGCCGCUCUCGCUUGCGCGGUCGUUUGCGUCCGGCUCGCAGCGCGCCAAGAGCAUCGAGAAGGCCGUGCGCAACCACAUUGGCAAGCUCACGGGCCGUCCGCACUCGACAGUGACAGAACAGCCCGUGCGCACGCUGCGUCUCAAGAAGAACGGGUUUUGCCCGAUCCGGUCGCUGCUGACCGUCGCGCCCAGCACGACGUUUGGCUUUAGCGACGUGUGCUCGUUCUACUUUCCGCCGCACACGGUGCACAACUCGAUCGCGCUCACUGUGCCCAUCGUGGAGCAGAUGAAGGAGGCGUUCUCGACGCUGGACAUGCGCGCGCGGGAGAACGCAGUCUUUGGCCUCCGCAAGCAAGUGCUCAAAGCCGCCGACUCGAGCGAUAAGAACUGGAUGUACAUCAAGAACGUCACGGGCCACCACGGCAACGACGUCCGCGUCUUUCAUCGCAACGCUGUCGGCGGCUUCCAGACGUUUUUGACGGUCGGCGCGAUCCACGUCCCUCCGGCCACGUUUGCCAAGCAUUUUUUGGACCACCAAGAACGCCGCAAGAUGGAGGCGUUCUACGAAGCCGGCUUUACCGUCGAGGACCUCCUCAUGGCCCACACGCACGAGAUGAAGCUCGAGAAGAACAUCCACCAGCCUUUCUCGAGCGCCGUUGCGCCGUGGGUCGACGACGACCGCAUCCAGCUCUCCAUGUCGGACGACAUGGGCUGCGUCGCGUCGCACGCCAUGACUGCCGAGCGAUUCCCUGCCAAUAGCAGCGGCGCGUCAUCGGAGGAGCAUCUCAUUCGCGGCGGCGCGCAGCGCAUCUUGUACCGGACGAUGACGAGCGUCUCGCGGGUCGUGACGCAGCGCGACUUUGUGACGUUCCAGGACUGCUUUGCGAUGGAGAACGGCGGCCACGUGGUCUACGAGAUCUCGGUGCACCACAAGGACAUUCCGCCGUCGCUGCCGAACUAUACCCGCGGUGAGAUUUUGUGCCUCGCGCACAUUGCCGAGCCGAUUCCGGGGAACCCGUCCGCGUGCAUGCUCACGGUCGUGACACAAGUCGGCUUCAAGGGCAAGAUGCCGGCGUUCGUGUCGCAGAUGAUUUUCGACAAGCUCAUCACGCGCAGCUUCGAGUCCGAGAUGUGCACCAAGGUGCUCGACUGCACGGACGUGGUCGACGGCGCGCUUAAGGACAUCCCGUAUGACUUUACGAAUCCAUCCCACGCAGAUGAUGACGACGACGAGUCACGCGCCGGCCUCGUUGACUUUGAAGUGCUCGCCGUGCUCGGCCGAGGUGGCUUUGGCAAAGUCAUGCAAGUUCGGCACCGCAAGACGCGCAAGGUCCAUGCGAUGAAAAUCCUCAAGAAAGAAAACCUCGUCCACGACAUUCAAAUCGAGCGCACGCGCACGGAGCGCAGCAUCCUCGCGGCCGUCGAGCAUCCGUUCAUCGUCGGUCUCUCGUACGCCUUCCAGACGUCCAAAAAGCUCUUUAUGGUCAUGGACUUUGUCCAAGGCGGCGACAUGUACGCGCAUCUGCGCAAGUUUGGCGCCAUGUCGGAGGCCCGCGCGCGCCUCUACAUUGCCGAGAUUGCGCUGGCGAUUUCGCAUUUGCAUGCGCUGGACAUUGUGUACCGCGACCUCAAGCCCGAAAACAUCUUGCUGGACGCGGACGGGCACAUCAAGAUCACGGACUUUGGUCUGUCGCACUUUUUAGACCCGCCUGAGUACGACGAGGAGCGCGACGAGCAGACUCAGCAUCACUGCGAACGGACCAACUCGCUCUGCCAGGUGACGCACUCGUUCUGCGGCACCGAGUCGUACAUGGCGCCGGAGAUGCUCUUGCACCUGGGCCAUGGCAAGCCCAUCGACUGGUGGUGCCUCGGCGUCGUCGCCUGCGAAAUGAUGACGGGCGUCCAUCCGUUCCAAGCCGAGUCGCAAAUGCGGCAGCUGCACAACGUCGUCAAUGCAGACCCCGUGCUCCCGAGCACCUUGUCACCAGAAGCGACGUCGCUCAUCUUUGGCUUGCUGGUCAAGCAGCCCAAGUACCGCCUCGGUGCAUAUGGCGGGAAAUUCGAGAGCAUCAAGUCGCACCCGUUCUUUGCCGGGCUCGACUGGGACAAGCUCGCGGCCAAGGAGUAUACGAUGGAGUACAUGCCGCACAUUGCCAGCGACGACGACGUGAGCAACUUUCUGGACCACUACACCAAGGAGUCGGUGACGGACAGUUGCGCCAGCACGUUGGAGCACUCGGCGCCGUCGAUUGCGUCGGACGCGUCGCAGCUCUCGUCAUGGGGUGCCUCCACCGACAGCAGCACAGCCGCGCGCUUCUCGGGCUUCUCGUUCGUCGCUGCCACGACCUGCAACGAGGCUGGGUUUUAGCGAUCUUCCCGCGCUUUUUUAAUUAACUUAAUGGCGUGUCGC